AUGCGGGAAGUCAAUUUUAGCAUUCCCAAUGUGAAUAAGGCCUCGGUCAACAUCACCACCACCCUCUAUGACCGACGUGCCCUUGAUUGCACAUCGACUUUACCGCUCAUCAACUCUCUCAACCAUCUUGCAUACCUCACAACUUCGUCCGCCCGGAUUCGUGACAUUCUCACCGUCGACGGUGGCAUCGAGCGACUAGUAUGCAUCCUCAAAGAAGGACGGAGCAAGGAUUUGAUGGAAAUGUGGAAAUGGAGCCUCGCCUUUCAAUGUGUUGUCAACAUCGGCGUGCGGGGCUCUGAGAGCGUGAGGACCAGAGUGGUGGAAGCCGAUAUGGUCCCCGUCAUUGCCACCAUCCUGAACAACUACAUCAAGGUAGUGGACAAGGUGCGGUCGCGGUCCGAUCCCGAUACCGAAAGACAAACAUCUUCCAGGCACUCGAAGCCCAGCACCAGCCGAGAUGUCUCCACUCCCACCCCGAUGGAUGCAGAUACCCAGACCGAGUCACACCCACAGGUCGAGUCACAUCAACCACGUCGACAAGCCCCUCCGCCGAGUAUCGAAAUUCCCCGGCCUUUUUACCAAGAUAGCCAGCCCAAUGACUCCGAUGCCAUGGACCUCACAUCUCCUCCUCGUGUCCCUAUGACAUCCCCUCCGGAGCGCAGCACAUUUGGCCAAGAAGCCCAUAAUCACCGGUCCAACGAUGGGCGAUUCCCACGUGCUAGCGUUCGUCUGCGGUCAAUGCAACCUCUUGCCACGGCUGUUCCCUCCAUGGAUACCACAGAUGGAUUUGGACUACGUCCUGUGCGUGAUGCCGAGCGUCUUCCUAGCAUGCUUCCUGGUUUGCAGGUUGGGAUCGUUUCACAACCCGACUCUCCGACCACACCAAGUGGCCCCCUCCACUCACAGCCUCGCAGCCUUCCCCAAACAAUCGCCGCCCGACAACGUCCUUCCAUCCGUCAGCAGCAGUCCACUUCCGGCGAAUCGGAUGAUGCCAACGGGGAAGAUUUGACUAUGGGAGAUGAUAGCGCGAUGGGGCAGCCCACUGAAACCAUCGUUGGACUCCCCAACCGGAUGGAACUUGACGGUGUUAACGAGCGGGAAACAACAAUGCUAGAUGAUGUCUCCACCGCUCAUGAUCUGACCGUCAAUGAUCCCUCUGAAGAGGGCGGCCCAGAAGUGGAGACCUUCAACAUUACUCAUCGUUCAACUGUCGACGGUAGCAUUAUUAAUAACGGCAACACACAGACCAAUGGCGGACUAGGUCUCUCUCCCACACAAGCCACCAACAAUCCUAAUUCUCCUACUCUCGCUCCCAGCCCUUACGCCUUGUACCUCCGUGACCGCAAUGCCCCCGCAGCCCAAGGAGUCUUGACAACCAUGCCUCGUGAUGAGGAUGUCUUGAUGUCCCUUCAGCUACUGGCGUAUGUCUCCAAAUACUGCAACCUACGAUCCUACUUCCAGUCAUCCCAUCUUGUCCCCAAGUUGAAGAUUGAUCGCGAACUCCACCUUUUGGAUGAGAAUGCUGAUUCUUCUUCACCAAUUGAUAUGUGCGAGGAGGAAGACGAGUACCUGCUUCCUGACGAUGUCAACAUCUUCCCCCUGGUGGAGAAAUUUACUGUCCGACACCACUCCAAGGACAUGCAAUACUGGGCGUGUGUGGUCAUGAGAAACCUUUGCCGUAAGGAUGAGGCGAGGGGUGGCAUCCGCCAAUGCGCCUACUACAAGUGCGGCAAAUGGGAAGAAUUCCAGCGUCAGUUCGCCAAGUGUCGGCGUUGCCGUCGCACCAAGUACUGCAGCAAAGAUUGCCAGAAAUCUGCCUGGGUAUACCACCGGCACUGGUGCCAUACUACCCCUUGA